CCGGAGCUCGACCAGGACAGACCUCAAGUCGACCACGUGCUCGCAUGAGUGGGGGUAACAGGCACAUACAACAUGAUUUUAAACUUCACUUCAAGGCAGUUCUCUCACAACUGUAAGUCAGGCAAGAGUGUGGUGGAAUUGAGGCGCGUCCUUCCAAACCACAAAGUGGAACACACAUCAACUAAAAAUAUGUAACACCAUCAAUCCCAGUUCAACGAAUCAGUUUUUAGUGCAGUGAAAAUCAUUCAAGUGAAGAAGAAAAAUUGUCACGAGCAAAGCAAAAUUUUCCGAGGAAUAACCCUGAAAUCAGAAAGAUACAAAUGUGUUCUAUGGACUACGAGAUGCUGGUCUCUCACAGUCCGCCAGUUUUCAGUCACAGUCCGCCGACAGGAGGUUUUCUAACGGAGUAUGCGGCUCUGAGGCUAGGACAAGAUUCAUUCCCGCGCGCUGCCUUCAGUACUUGCCGAACCAUCCAACACUCGAACUCAUUCAGCGGCUUCGCGAAGGCGCCUACAAAAAUGCCAGCUUCUCCGAAGCGACCUUGUCUAGUGAUAAGACCCAACGAAGAAUCAUCCAGUUCGAGCGAUGAGGACCCGACCAGUCCGACGCGAUUGAAAAAAAAAGUCGUCUUCGCCGAUGACAAGGGCAUGUCUCUCACCCACGUCAGGGUCAUGACGGAACCCUCCAAUGUACCGCCCCUCUGGAGCUUCCGAUUCCUGUCAGAAGUGACGCAGGGUAUCAACGCGGAUCCAGUCGGAGAAGUAGACUCUUGGGAAGUAACGUUUCCUCAGCCUGCUUCGGAUUACGUGGCAUUCAGGAAGCGACUGGACUCGGAGAAAGUUUCUUUGGAGAACGUCAUCGUGAAGGAGUGCGAGGACACCAUCCUGGGAACUAUUAAAGUCAGCAACAUGUCCUUCCAGAAAGAAGUAAUCGUUCGGUCUUCGACGAACGACUGGAAAACAUACGAAGACUCUUUCUGUGUUUAUGUGCCUAACAACAUCACCUCCAGUGUUGGUCCUGCGUACGUUUUGUACGACACCUUUUCCUUCAAAAUACCCCUUCCCCCAAAGGUGAAAAAGGUAGAGUUCUGUGUGUGCUUCAGAUGUGAGGGAAAUGAAUACUGGGACAACAACCAUGGGAAUAACUACGUCCUAGUGAAAAAGAUGCCCGUUCCUUUGCACAAGUCCUUGUCUAACGAUGACUUGUAUAAUCGGAAAAAUAGUCAAACGCAACCUCAGGUAAUAAAAAAGUGCGCGGAUAUAGUACAAGCUAAAAUGGAUUCUUGGUCGGAGUUCGCUAGUUGGACACAUUUAGAGAACUCGAGCCCUUACUGGUAAUGCCUUACCUUACUCGACUUAACAUGGAAAAAGGCAGCAUGUUGGUUGUAAAAUUGUUAGUAUGUUUCUUUUCUGGUCAUUCUCGCUGAUCAUUCAUUUCUAUCAUCAGCUAACUUUUCUCCGUUAUUCCGCAAUAGAUGUGGCUCUUUAUGUUGUCGAUAUCAAGGAAUAUUCUCGUUGUUAUCGUGUUUUUGAUGAUAACUACAGAGUUUAUAUAGACUACAUGAUUAAAGUCAUUAUGCAUAAAUAUUUUCAUAUUCAAUAAAAGAUAUAAUUCAUUGCUCUUAUUGAGAUAUGAUGAUAUUUUUGUAGAAAUGUAGUCCAGUUGAAUGUUUGGUUGAAAUAGUGGCGACUUAAAUAUUGUACCAAAAAUUACACUUGAGUAAAAUCCUAAACUUUAGUAGUAUGGUAACAAUAGUAAGAGUUUGGUAUGGCUUUGUGGGUAUAUCAAUUUGGAAUUCAACAAUAUAAAGAAAAACCACACUCAUUGAUUUUGCUCUUUAAUUAUUGAAGACGGAUAUUAAUAACAUUUUCAUGGCAUCACAUCACAUAUUUUUGGACGACCAGUUAACAUCUUGAACAUCAGUUCAAUAUAAAACCAAAUAAAACAUGAGCCAGGGUUCAUUCGAUUUGGAAUGACUACGAGACAGUGUACAUCUGAAGAAGGUAGAAAAUUUGCAAUAAAAUAGCCUGGACUCUUGAAUUCUCUCUACCAGAAAUAGGGUUUCGAACCGCUUUCCAUUUCAUUGUCACAAGAACGGUCGAUUAACUUUUUUAUAGUAUUAAAUGACCCAAAAUUUUAAAAAAAACUUUCUAUUCAAAUACUCGCAUUGAUGUAAUUCAAUAAGGAUUUUUCUUGUCAAUUUCCACGACUGAAGAUGUGAUUUUUUCUAUCAUUUUCAAGCAAUGUCUUGUAAAUGUGCAGACCUUUAUAUAACUGCCCUUCAUAAAAUUAACACAAAAGUUCAUCUUGAAUGUUUGAUUUGAAAAAAAUCACAAAAACAAAAAUACCUGUGAACUUUUAUUAUUUGAAAAUAAGUGAUUUGACAUUUUCAACUCCACUAAAAUUUUAUCACUGUAUCUAUUACCUAUGCAAUUAUUUUGUUGCUAAUUUGCCUUUCACCAAACGGUUUAUAUGUCAUUCUGUAUCGAGGUCCGGCACAUAUUACAUUUUAUGUUAUCUCAUGUCAAAACUUUUUCAAGAUUUUGACUGGUCUAAUUAACAUUAUCAUCAAGCGGAGUGAACUUUAUUAAUACUGGCAAACGUUGAUAACCGUAUAGUUUUGACUGGAGGUGUGAGCAUAUCACACAGGAUAUGUUAUGCUAUGUUUUCAAUGGUGUUAUAUUUUAAGAUUA